UUGGUUGACAAAAACCUUUUACCAAAAUGUUUACAAACUAAUCAAACGGGACGAAAUUUUUUCGAGAAUGCCAUUCGUUCCGAGUCCGUGCGAAAAAUUCUUCCUGCGCGAUGAAGUCGUCGUCCACAACAGAAUCGACGACGCGUGGGUCGUCAUCCGUGGGAACGUCUUCGAUGUGACGCCUUUGUUCGAUCGAAAUCGCGGCUCGUCGUCGCCUCCGAAAAAGCUUCAUCAACUGCUCCUGGCCUAUGCCGGUAAGGAUCUGAGUGGGUUCUUCACCGCAGAACGAAGCCCUGUUUAUCGGAUUAGCAAGGAUGGCGUCAAGGUGCCCAAGUUCCCACCGGUGAUGUUGCGAAACAAAGCCAGCAAUCAGUACUGGUGGGAUGAUCGGAGUUUGAUUGUUGGAAAACUAACUGCUCAAGAGCGGCGGAUUCGGAUUCGGAACAAUUUGACUCUUCGCGAACAGGAAAUAGCAGUUUGUGAGGAAGACACCGUUAGUCUAAUACAGGAAAAAUUUAUCAGGUUCAAUUCUGACGCUACAAAUUAUAAAUGGAGGAAGAAUAUAGAUAUGAGUGACAGCGAGGCUGAUUUACGGCUGGAUAAGACGCUGACGGAAAAUGGCAUCUUUUACGAUCGUUACCCGCCAGCGCCGCUGGUUUGGAUCUUCUAUCAAGUGGAGAUUUCAGCAAGUUCACCUGAUGACGAGAUGCCUUCACCCGGAGAGGGCAUCGGAGUAGACCAAAGUGGAAGUGCCAAAGAACGGUCACAAGAAGUGCCCGACAAGUUGUAGUUUGCGAGUAAACCCAACAUGUUUGGGUUGGAAACAACAACAACAACAACGACAGGAAAAGCUUGGGAGAAAACAAUGGACUCGCGAAUUUACCACAUUCUGACGGAAGUGUGGCUGUUAUGUAGACAGGUGGGUGAGUUUUUUCGCUGAUUGAGUGAAUAACAUUUCAGAAUGUCUAAAUUGAACGAUUAAAAAAAUCUGAGAUAACUUAUUA